AUGUCAAAGAAAUUUAGUUCUAAAAACUCCCAAAGAUAUGUGGUGGUGCACAGACCUCAUGACGAUCCUUCAUUUUAUGAUACAGAUGCAUCUGCGCAUGUUCUAGUUCCUGUUUCUAAUCCAAAUAAGCCUGGUACCGAAGCGGAUCUUCGAAAAAAAGAGGAAGCUUUUGUAAAACCAAAGGAUAACAAAGCACAUGUUGGGGAAGCAGCUUUAUAUGGCAUUAAUUUUGAUGAUUCCAAAUAUGAUUAUACACAACAUUUGAAGCCAAUAGGCCUUGACCCUGAAAACUCCAUUUUUAUAGCUUCCAAGGAUAAAGAACGUAAUGUUGAAAAAAAGAAUAUUGAAGACCUAUUCAUCGAGCCCAAAUAUAGACGUGAUGAGAUUGAAAAGGAUAAUGCCCCACCUGUGUUUCAACGAGGCGUGGCUAAGCCAGACUAUUUACUGCACCAACAAGAUACCACCGAUGAUAUUAAAGGUUUCAAACCUGACUUGAAUCCAGCAUUAAGGGAAGUGUUGGAAGCAUUAGAGGAUGAAGCAUAUGUUGUGAAUGAUGAUAUUGUAGUCGAAGAUCCAAAAAGAAAAGCACAAUUUCAAAAUAAUGACUACGGAGAAGAAGAAAAAGAAGACGAUGUUUUUGCACAGCUAUUAGGAAGCGGUGAAGCAAAGGAUGAGGACGAGUUCGAAGGCGAAUUCGAUGAAUGGGAUAUCGAUAAUGUGGAAAAUUUUGAAAAUGAAAAUUACGUCGAAGAAAUGGCCCAAUUCGAUAAUAUUGAUAACCUAGAGGACCUAGAAAAUAUUGAUUAUCAAACUGAUGUUCGAAGGUUCCAAAAGGAUAUAUCCACUAUAGAGAAGUACAAUUCUGAUGACGAGUUUUCUAAUGCCGGUCCAGAAAGCGUAAACCCUUCUGAAGAGGAAGAUAUAUUGGGAGAAUUGCCCUCCAUCCAAGACAAAAGUAAGGCUGGAAAAAAGAAAAGAAGAAGCCGUCAAAAGAAAGGCGCCAUGUCUGAUGUGUCUGGAUUUUCCAUGAGUUCAAGUGCUAUUGCCCGUACAGAGACAAUGACAGUGCUGGAUGAUCAGUACGAUCAAAUCAUCAAUGGCUACGAAAACUACGAGGAAGAGCUACAAGAAGAUGAAGAGGAGAAUUAUCAAACUUUUGAUAUGUCAGCAGAAAGAUCAGACUUCGAAUCAAUGCUUGAUGACUUCUUAGACAAUUAUGAGCUAGAGAGCGGUGGUCGUAAGCUGGCUAAAAAGGAUAAAGAAAUUGAAAGACUGAAGCAGGCAGCAGAUGAAGUAAGUAAAGGUAAAUUGUCCCAGAGAAGAAAUCGUGAAAGACAAGAGAAGAAGAACCUUGAACAAGUCACCAAUACCCUAGGCAGCUUAAGAUUUUAA